AUGGCACCUGCAGCGAAUCCUGCGUCACCGCCAGGCGCGCCUCCAAAUCGCAAGAACCCCUUCCAGGACCCGGAAGCAAUGGCCGCCAUGGGUCUGGAGCGCACCAAAAAUAAGACUGGCUUCAUGUACCUCCGAAUCGGGGAGUCCGCAACGCACUGGCUCAACAGUCUCCCCCAUUCCUCCAGCCCACUCCUCGACUUGGGCGCCGCGUAUGGCGUCCACACGCUUCACGCGAUGAAGGCGGGGCGAGACGUCAUCGCUGUCGAUAUGGAACAAGCGCACAUAGACGACCUUCGCGUACGUGCAGAUGAUUAUGCCAAGUCUGUGGUCGUGCAGGAUAACACGGGGCCUGGCAAGCUCGUCAGAGCAACGGUCGCUACUUUGCCUGAUCCUUCCGUCUGUGCCGAGGAAUCUGUGGCUGGCGUCUUACUGUCUGAGGUGAUACAUUUCAUGAGGCCCGGACAGCCCCAAGUCGUGUUCAGCGAUAUCUUCCGUUGGCUCGAACCCGGUGGUCGUCUUGUCGUCACCACAGCAGCCUCACAGGGUCCAAAGGUCGCAGAAUUUGUAAACAAGGCUGGCUUCAAAUUGAAUGGUGAACGCAAUGUGGAAGAGGCUAUCGAUAUGAUAUCUACCGCAUCAGGACCAGAGCUUGUCAAGGCAGCUCCGACAUUCCUGGAAUUGCCUCAGGACUCCCCGAUGAGGAAAUUCGUUUGCGGUGUCUUGUACCUCAUGAGCACCAAAGAAGUUGAGACGAUGGCGAAAGAAGCCGGGUUCAAAGUCGAGAGAUGCCGUUACGUAACCACGGGAAAGUACCCUGACAAAACGAUUAAAGGUGAAACAGUCCUGUUGGUUGCGAAAAAACCCGACCCUGCAAAGCGGGAUAGGAAUAUCAGGACUGCUGCCGCUGUUGCUGUGGCCGCCGCAAGCUCACUAGCAGUGUAUCAUCUCGCCCGGUAGCUGCUGCCUCCAUAAUCGAAUAAAAGAAUUAUUACACAAGUAAAAA